CAUGAUCAACGCGUUUCUGGUCUUCAACGGCCAGGGCCAGCCACGGCUGACCAAGUUUUAUACCCAGCUGGAAACAAGCAUGCAACAGAGGCUCAUAUCCGAAAUCUUCACCCUCGUCUCGAAUCGCCCCACCGGCUCCUGCAAUUUCCUCCCCCUCCCACCCCUCCUCGCCGCCUCGGGGACGUCGCAUUCGUCCGCCGAAGAGGAGAACGACGUCCCGUCGCUCGUCACCUACCGCCACUACGCGACGCUCUAUUUCAUCAUCAUCUCGACCAACACCGAGUCGCCGCUCGCCCUCAUCGACCUGAUCCAAGUCUACGUCGAAGCCCUCGACAAGCUCUUCGAGAACGUGUGCGAGCUCGACCUCAUUUUCAACUUUGAGAGCUUACAUGCCACCCUCGGCGAGAUGAUCGUCGGCGGCGUGGUGGUGGAAACCAGCUUGGAUAGGAUCGUGGCUGGCGUGCGAGCGCAGGGCACCAUUGCCAAGAGACCCGUGAAUGAGAGUAGGGGUUCCGCCUUGGGUUCUGGUAUGGGCCUCGGCGGUAAUUUCGUCUGGCACGGACGGUAGGCCCUGGGUAGGCAAUGACGGAUGGAUGGAAGAAAUAAUGAACAAAUCAUAGACAUACCAUGAUGAUCAUGUUGCAAGCGCAGGUGCAAGUGGAACGGAGAGAGAGAUCUUUGUUGUUGCUCGAAAAGAAGAAAAUGCCCGCCAUAUAGAUUAUGGAUUUAUGUGUACAUGAAGAAAAGCCGCCGGCCGGGUCUUCUCAAGCGCCAAAUGGGUAUGCGAUCAAAACAUCAGCACCUUGGACUCCGCC